GGGAUAGGGAUGCGGGGGAGGGGAUGCCGGGGAACCUUUUCCCGCGUGCGCGGUCCCGCGUCCCGCCACCGGAAGUCGCUCAUAAACCAUAGAGAGGAAGACCUGGCUAGAGAGGCAAGAUCCGGGCCGACCAACAGGACCGUCGCCUAGAGCGUCUAUACCCUUGGUCGGCUAAAGCGAGGGUCUUGCCGUGGAGUCCCACGCGUCUGAAUUUUUGACUGGAAAACGGGAAGGCUCUUUAGAAAGUUGCAGGCCUACUCUUCAAAGACUAGUUUCCGAAGGGAAAUUAUGCGGUCUUAUUAGGCUUUCAGGUUUGUAGGUUUGUUGGAAUCAUGCAUGUCCCUCCCUCCUGCGAAGUAAUCCGGGAAGGAGUCUGUUGAACAAGGAUAUCACAGAGCUGUGGCCAGAAAUGACGCCCCCACUAGCUGCAAAGGGAAUGCGGAUGUCGGUGAUGGUGCUUACUUCCCAGCUGUACCCUGGCAAGUAGAUCAGAUCCUUUCUGAAAUGAGUUCGCCUUCCACCUCCAACACCAUCCCAUCCAUAUCCCUAAUUUGUGGGUUCUCGGGAAGAGCCUAGCCGAUGGCUGCAUUAAGUUCAAGUGGUGGUGUCAGAUUUACCUUUGAGCUAGAACUUACUUGAAAUCACAUCAGCCUGAGUUGGCAGAAGCCUGGAUGGCCUCACAUAGCACCAGAGUGCAUCUUGCAAAAUCUGAAGCCAGGUCUGAGAGAGAUGCUUGACUUUAUCUCGCCCUUCCUCAUUUUACAGACGAGAAAAAUGAGACCACAAAAGAUUUGUCCAGGGUGUCAGUACAUCGGCAUCAAAGCUCGAACCUAGAGCUCAGACUCUUUAACAUCAGCCUUUUAUCAUAAUCAUGAGUGUCCAGGGUUUAGAGUGAUUGCUAGAAUACCUUUUAUCAUAAUCAUGAGUGUCCAGGGUUUAGAGUGAUUGCUAGAAUAUGUCCUACAUAAUAAAGACAAUAUAAACCCACCGUUCUCCCUGGAAAUCAGUGCACUGACUUGCUAACUCAGUCCUGGGAUAUGAUGUAGAUAAAAAUGCGUUUUGCCAUUCAGUACUUGUGGCUUUAACAACUGCUAUUGCUAGCACUAUUUAGCUAAGUCAAACUGGGCUUAAGACAUGUAAUGUAAUGAAAACCUAUUUGUUGAUGCAACCCAUUUCUAGGAUCUGACAAAACUGUUGAAGAUGGUUAAAAUAGCCCAACAUUUUAGGAGCACAUACCUUAAUAAAAGGUUUGAAUAACUUCAGGUUUUAAAAAAGAGAGUUCAGUAAUUCCUAUACAACUGAAAGAGUUUCGACCACUGUUGCCAACUAGAGUUAGAAAUAAGAGACUUUCCACUUUGCAGUACUACAAACCUGUAAUCGUAACACUUAAGAGACUGAGGCAAGAGGAUUGUGGAUUUGAAUCAUAGCAACAUAACAAGUUUGAGACCAGCUAGACAACAUAAUAAAAUUCUGGAGGGCAGAGAGGAGGAGAUGAUAAGAAAUGCGUGACUCUUCCUCCCAGGGGACACAGAACUGUCAAGAACCCUUUCUCCCUAUCUGUGCUAUUAGAUAGAAAUCGACAGACACUCAAAGUGGCUCAGGCAGAUGAGCUAACUCAAGAAUGGGCAGUUACCAGGGGCUUUGGAGAAUACGAAGCAGCUGGUGAGCUGGCAUAGAGAUGCAGUGUAAGAGAACAGAAUAGAAACAGUAGACAGAGUGCAGAUGAAACAUAAGUCCCAGAGGGCCCUAGCCAGCUGCAUCUCAGGCAGUCUGGAGCCCAGGAUGGGAGACCCCACCCCUGCUGUGACAUCACAGGGGAGUGGAGUGAAGACGAAUAAAAAGGUGGUCCGCCGCCCUGGCCCUGGACUGUUGGCUUCCAGAGUGUCAAGAGAAGAGACUAGGCACUGAGCUACAGUUGCCUGGCUUACAGGGACUGGCUCUUCUCCUCAAGCCCCACUAAGCAGCCCACUCCAGCUCUUGAUCUUUGUCUCCCAGUCCUGAGGUCUUUCCUCUCCUGGGGCUGCAUCCACAGCCCUUCUCAGUGGCUGUGGGCACUUUCUCAGUAUGAACUGUAUAUCAGACUUCUUCACCUACGAGACUACCAAGUCGGUGGUUGUGAAAAGCUGGACCAUUGGGAUCAUCAACCGAGCCGUCCAGCUGCUGAUCAUCUCCUACUUUGUGGGGUGGGUUUUCUUGCACGAGAAGGCCUACCAAGUGCGGGACACCGCCAUUGAGUCCUCAGUAGUAACAAAGGUGAAAGGCUUUGGACGCUAUGCCAACAGAGUCAUGGACGUGUCGGAUUAUGUGACCCCACCCCAGGGCACCUCUGUUUUUGUCAUCAUCACCAAAAUGAUCGUUACUGAAAAUCAAAUGCAAGGAUUCUGUCCAGAGAAUGAGGAGAAGUACCGCUGUGUGUCUGACAGCCAGUGUGGGCCUGAGCGCUUCCCGGGUGGGGGGAUCCUCACCGGCCGGUGUGUGAACUACAGCUCUGUCCUCCGGACCUGUGAGAUCCAGGGCUGGUGCCCCACCGAGGUGGACACUGUGGAGAUGCCUAUCAUGAUGGAAGCUGAGAACUUCACCAUCUUCAUCAAGAACAGCAUCCGUUUCCCUCUGUUCAACUUUGAGAAGGGAAACCUCCUGCCUAACCUCACUGACAAGGACAUAAAGAAGUGCCGCUUCCACCCUGAAAAGUCCCCAUUUUGCCCCAUCUUGAGGGUAGGGGAUGUGGUUAAGUUUGCUGGACAGGAUUUUGCCAAGCUGGCCCGCACGGGUGGAGUUCUGGGCAUUAAGAUUGGUUGGGUGUGUGAUCUGGAUAAGGCCUGGGACCAGUGCAUCCCCAAAUAUUCCUUCACUCGGCUGGAUGGAGUUUCUGAGAAAAGCAGUGUUUCCCCUGGCUACAACUUCAGGUUUGCCAAAUACUACAAGAUGGAGAAUGGCAGUGAGUACCGCACGCUCCUGAAGGCUUUUGGCAUCCGCUUUGAUGUGCUGGUAUAUGGGAACGCCGGCAAGUUCAACAUCAUCCCCACCAUCAUCAGCUCGGUGGCCGCCUUCACUUCGGUGGGAGUGGGGACUGUUCUCUGUGACAUCAUCCUGCUCAAUUUCCUCAAAGGGGCUGAUCACUACAAAGCCAGGAAGUUUGAGGAGGUGACUGAGACAACACUGAAGGGUACUGCCUCAACCAACCCAGUGUUCUCCAGCGACCAGGCCACGGUGGAGAAGCAGUCCACAGACUCAGGAGCCUAUUCUAUUGGUCACUAGGGCUUCUUCCCAGGGUCCCAUGCUCACCCUUGGGCUGCAGAACCAUGAACAGGCCACUCUAUCUAAGCAGACAGAGGUGGGAGGGGAGAGAAGUGGGGUUCUUAUUUCUGACGUUCACCCCAAAGACCACAUCCAGGUAUCUAGGCCCUCACUGUUCAGCAGACAGGCAAUGCUUCCCCCUAAGACCUGAAUUUUGCCUUUACCCCUUGCAUGCCUCCCAUCUGCUUCCCUGGGUGCCAGGGCACAGCAUCCAUCCCUUUCUAAAGGAUAGAGAAAAUGGUAGCUAAGGUUACACCCAUAGGACCUACCACAUACCAGGCAUUUCCAUAUACAUUAUCUCUUUGUACCCUUAAAAUAGUCCUAUAGGGUAGAUUUCUGGGGGGGGGGGUGUUGUUUUCAUUUUUUUGUUUGUUUGAUUGUUGUUUUAAGAGAAGCAAAGGCCCAGGGAGACUGAGUCAUUUGCCCAGGCCAUGUAGCUAGGAAGUGAGAUUUACACCCAGGUCUAACCCUUUUGCCCACAUCCAUGAUGGAAGAAUGAACUCUGUAGGUGUCUACUUUUCUGUGUCAGUUGCCUUUCCCUGCCUUCCCAUGAUGCCCAACAGAGAGCUUUCUCAGGAAUGCAGGCCCUACUUUAGGGGAGCCCAGAGAAAUGCAGUAUAAACUCUUAUUUCUGAUGUGGCCAAGUCCAGCUUCAGAAGGAAAUAGGAGGUGUGGCUGUCAGUGGAUUUUUCCUUGCCUUAUCCCCUAUCUCAAGCUGAGGAAUAGACCUUUAUUCUCCCAUGAGGUCCUCACAUAUCCACACAUGUGGACCCUCGCUCCAGAAUCUAGACAGAAGACACACCUGUACAUGACCUACAAGAGGCAAUUUCUAAGCCUAGCACCAAGCCUCAGGACAUCAGCUGUCCUAGUGUACUGCAUUGUUGGAAAAACCACAUUUAGGGGCUGGGGAUGUAGUUGAGUAGGUAGAGUGUGUAUCUAGCAUGUUAUCCCUAGGGCCAACCUGCAGCACUUCAUAAACCAGGCAUGGUGGUACACACAUGUGAUCCCAGCACUCAGGAGGUAGACAUGGAGGAUCAAAAGUUCAAGUUCAUCCUUGACAACACGAGUUUGAACUCAGCCUGGGACCCAUGAAACUGUUUCAAAAAAAGAAGUGGGGUGGCCCAGUAGGAUUCAAUACCCUGUGAGCAUUCAGCCAGGUCAGCCAGGUCAGCUGGGCCUGUGUUCACAGGAUCCUAACAGGUGAUCAAUGAGAGCUAAAGGAACCCCUGAAACCAUCAUGUCCAGCCCUCUUGCUUACUGAUCAUUAACCCUGAGGCAGAAAGUGAAAAUGGUUUGCCUUGUGCCAUUGUGAGGGGCCAAGAGAGGACACAGGUGUCCUGUGCAUCAUGAGCAGAAGACAAGUCCACAUUGCCUUCCAUUGCCCAGAUGUCAAGGAAGCUCUAACUUGUAGAGGGCAAAGCCCAAGGACAGAUCAAGGGUUAGGGAAGAAGCUGCUUGAGAGGCUCUUUCAGUUUGGCUUGUUUAUUUGGUUGGUUGGUUGGUUGGCUGGCUGGCUGGCUGGCUGGUUGGUUGGUUGGUUGGUUUUGAUGAAAAGACUUUCCUAUGUAUUUCUGGCUGGCCUCAAUUUGUAAAUUGAUCUCCUCCCUCAACUCAACUCUUCUCCAGUAUUGGGAUUUACAGGCAAGUGCCAUCUUACAGCUGGGGGCAUCUCUUUUAAAAGAAUAUAUAAUUAGGUGUCAGAAAACUUCAUGCAAAUGAGUGGGCCUGAGGUAUAAGUUAAUUAGUAACAGGGCCAGUCUGCCUCUUAAACAUGGUUACAAUGCUGAGAGCUUAGCAGAGAUGAGCAUGCCUGUAGACAGAGGGCUGGUCCCUCACUGGAAGGUGCAGAGAGAUGCAGGGAGAGAUAGUCUAGGAGGACCACAGGAGUGCUCACACAGACCCAACCCCAACGAUCGUCACCCACUAACUUCAUCAAUCCUUCCUCCCCUCUGCUUGCUCACAGCCCCAUCAUUAUGUGUGAUGGUGUACUGUCUCCCUAGUACCAGAGUCAAGUCCUGGGUAUUAUCCAGAAACCUAGCCAGGCUUCAUCUGUCCAGCAGAGACAUCAGCAAAGGAAAGAGCACGGCUCCCUUAGGCUGAGGCUGAGUUCAUCAAGAUGCUCCCUAGAAGAAGAUGGAGACACUGUGUCCUACAAGAAUGCUGUACCCCAGGCUAGGGUAAUUCUCCUCCAGGUGCCUGAGCCUCUUCUGGGCCUUCAAUAAGUGUGUAAACUCCCUGCUGUACUCCCUUUGUCUAAACCAAGUCCACUUCUAUGUGCUAGAUGUCAAUUAAUAGUAGAAAUUACAACAGCCAGCUUGAAU